AGAAAGAGGAGGAAGAAGUGGGAGGAGGGAGGGCGAUGGGAUACCGGUUAAAAAGAGGGUGGGCGGGAGCAACCAGCAGGCUCAAGAGCAAAUAACACUGGACAGUUGAACAGCAGCCAGAGCCUGAAGAACCAACUCCAGGGCGGAGGAAAGGAAGCAGAAGGCUCAGCACCAGUCUCCAACACUUGGCAAGAUGGGUGACUGGAGCUUCCUGGGGGAGUUCCUGGAGGAGGUCCACAAGCACUCUACGGUCAUCGGCAAGGUCUGGCUCACCGUCCUGUUCAUUUUCCGCAUGCUGGUCCUCGGCACCGCGGCUGAGUCCUCCUGGGGAGAUGAGCAGGCUGAUUUCCGGUGUGAUACCAUUCAGCCUGGUUGCCAAAAUGUCUGCUACGACCAAGCCUUCCCCAUCUCCCACAUUCGUUACUGGGUACUGCAGAUCAUCUUUGUGUCCACGCCAUCUCUGGUGUACAUGGGCCACGCCAUGCACACUGUGCGCAUGCAGGAAAAGCAGAAGCUGCGGGAUGCUGAGAAAGCUAAAGAGGCGGGUGGCACCGGCACCUAUGAGUACUUGGCCGAGAAAGCCGAGCUGUCCUGCUGGAAGGAGGCGAACGGGAAGAUUGUCCUCCAGGGCACCCUACUCAACACCUAUGUCUGCACCAUUCUCAUCCGCACCGCUAUGGAGGUGGCCUUCAUGGUGGGCCAGUACCUCCUCUAUGGGAUCUUCCUGGACACCCUGCAUGUCUGCCGCAGGAGUCCCUGUCCCCACCCAGUCAACUGUUAUGUCUCGAGGCCCACAGAGAAGAACGUCUUCAUUGUCUUUAUGAUGGCUGUGGCUGGACUGUCUCUGUUUCUCAGCCUGGCUGAACUCUACCACCUGGGCUGGAAGAAGAUCCGACAGCGCCUGGCCAAGUCACGGCAGGGUGACAAGCACCAGCUUCUUGGCCCCUCCACCAGCCUGGUCCAGAGCCUCACUCCUCCUCCUGACUUCAACCAGUGCCUAAAGAACAGCCCAGAUGAGAAAUUCUUCAGUGACUUCAGUAAUAACAUGGGCUCCCGGAAGAAUCCAGACCCUCUGGCCACUGAGGAAGUGCCAAACCAGGAGCAGAUCCCGGAGGAAGGUUUCAUCCACAUGCAGUAUGGCCAGAAGCCCGAGCAGCCCAGUGGCGCCUCUGCAGGCCACCGCUUUCCUCAGGGCUACCACAGUGACAAGCGCCGCCUUAGUAAGGCCAGCAGCAAAGCAAGGUCAGAUGACCUGUCAGUGUGACCCCCUCUUAGGGAGGACCAGUCCCAGAAGGGAUCCAAGGAGUGUGAGGCAGGAAAGAAGCGGUCUCUCUGACCGUACACCUUCCUCAGCACCUUCUGUCCCGGGUCUGGAUGGUGUUGCUCAUUAAUCCUCCAAAUCUCAGUUCUGAGAGUAUUCUCAAAGAUUGGGCUACUCCUCAAGUCCCCAACCCCUCAUCCUCUACCAGCAUUCGCAGUGAAGACUUUCAAGUGAUUUAGUGAAUAUGGUGGGGGCAGGAAUGGGAACCUUGGCAAAAUCUGGUCUGGGGAGGACAGACAUGAAGAUUUGACAUUAGCAACCAGAUAAACCCUCACCCCAAAUCUUGUCUUCUUCGGUACUAGGCCCAUCCUUUUUAUUUUUUUUUUUAGGAAGAAUCCAAGGUUGAGAGUAUUCAUCAAAUAAUCUGCAUUGUAUUGUUCCUUUGAAUCUGUCGUUUCCAUGUGCCAUACCUCAGAGUGCUGGUGAGGUAACUGUGGGUUGCCCUUGGCUGCAUCUCCCUCCUCCCAGUCUUAAAGGGGUGUCCUUGGUCCUCGGCCAGCAUCAGCUUUACAAGUGCCUUGGUAUGUGCCUUUGGAAAACACUGCAUGUUGAUGAUGCUGCAGCCUUACUGCCAGGCUAGACACCCAGCUCAGAAGGGUGCCAAGACCUCUAGAAGUCACUGUGCACAGAAGCAUUGCUGGAAUUGCCACCAGCUGUCAUCCUGCAGUCCUUUACAGUUCAACCUAGUGAUAGAAACCGUCCUGGACAGCUCACCCAGUGUUCCUCUCAAAUCUUGGUUAACAGGAAUGUCCAAAGUCACCAUCCUCUCUUGGACCCUGGCCAGAUUACCAGCCACCAAGUUCAGUGGAUUUCCCCAGGAUUUAAUGAAACAAAGAGAGCAUUGUGCUUCUCAGGUUCUUUGGGGGGUGUUGGGGGGGAUUCUUCUGUGGAGAUGAAAAGAGAGGUGGGGGAGGACACUGGAAAACUAUUUUCCCUUCUGCAUAUGCCUUCCACUGCCUCCCAGCUUGGAAUGCUGAGAGGUGUGGUGAUAGAUAGCAAUGGAGGCCCAAGAUCUCUCUCUUAGAGGCAUCAAGGGGACCUGGAAGCCGAGAUGGAGCUCCAGUUGGUUUUGACACAGCCCUUAUUUAGUGCAGAUGCUCCUGUGUUUCCUUGGGACCCUUAGGUACAUCAGGGAGGGACUGUAGAAAAUUCCUGCCUUCCUCAGGGUCUAUCCUGGGCUAUCUACUGAGAGAAUCCACAGUCGGUGUCUCUCCUUAUGCAGAUGGAAAGAUGCUCAGCGUCAGACACCAAGACUUACAAACACAAUGCUC